GGAUGCCUCCAAAUGUUAAGAAGAAGAAAAAGCAAAAGAAGAGUAAAGUAUCAUCUGCUCUUGAGCCUGCUCCUUCAGUACAGGUGAAAGCUCUAUUGAAAGCGUACCAAUCCAGUGUAUAUGGCCAUUCUACAUAUGUUAGCCCUUCUAUUGAAGAGGACUUGAGACAAGGCAUCGACAAGAACCAGUUCGUAUCAAAGUUUGUGCUGUCAGGUGGUCCUACAAACAAACCUGUUUCCCUGUCAUGUCUGAUACAGGCCUUACGUGCCGUUUGCUAUAUGAAGAUUCGAGAGAUUUACUGCUGGAGAACACCAAUAUCAGACAGCGAUAUAAUUGAUAUGGCUCUACUGUUAGAGACCCCUUGUUGGAAAAAUGUUUCUACAAUAGAACUAAUCGAUACCGGUCUCUCUGACUUCGCUUUAGGCCGUCUUAGCAGGACCUUUCCCGUUGGAAGAUUGAAAAAGCUAGUGCUCGAUUACAACAGGUUUGGGGACGAAGGGAUGGCUAACCUGCUGGUUUGCCUCUCUGGUAACACCGAACUAAAACACCUUUUUCGGUGAACUACUGUGAUCUUACCAUACCUAGCGGGGCUCUCAUUGCUGAGCUUCUCACCAAAUCUAC